AUGACGGAUGAGCUGGUAAAAGAAAAGCAUUUACUGAAUCUUCUUGAACAACUACCACCAGCAAGAAAGUCGACUACCCUUUUUUUAAUCGAUCAUUUACGAAGGUACGGUACGAUUCAAUCAAUAAUUGUUCGUUCUUGUUGUUGUAAAAAUAUACCGUAUUUCUACCAAUAUCAUUUUUAUUAGUCAAUUUAAGCCCAGGGCAAACUAGGAAACAUUGUGGUGGAAACAUUUGUGAUUCUCGAUGUUUCCUCAAAUGUUUCCCUGUUUGCCCACCCGUGGAAACAUUGUUGCGGAAACAAAAUUUGCUUCCCGAGAAGCAGAAAUGUUUCCUAGCGAAUUCAGAAACAUUUGAUGUUUCCCUAUGUUUCUCACUAAUGUUUCCUAGUGUUUGCCCACUCUGGGAAACAUGGCGAAACAUUGGCAGGAAACAAUGUUUCCGCAACAAUGUUUCCUAGUUUGCCCAGGGCUUUACUCGAUUCUAGAAUGUGCCGAUAAACAAUGUCGCACAUUUGCCAUGAAAAGUGUUCGAAACCUAAAAUCUUUUUGGUUUUCUUCUCAAAAUUACUUUGUUUCAGUUUUUUUUUAGUUUUACAUAAUGUUAGUAACCUUUUUAAUUGUAUCUGGCGGUCGAGGAAUACAAUAUAAUAGUUAAAUAUUGUCAAUUUAAAAACAAUAUCAUUGAUAAGUUCUUUGUAGGUUUGCAAUUUGCAUGGCGAUAAAACAUAUAAUACUUUACUCUUUAGUUUGUGGGAACACCACGUAAAUAAAUAAAUUAAUUAAUUAAUAAAUAAUAAAGUAAUAAAUUUGCAGUAAUAAAUUUACGUGGUGUAUCCACAAACUAGAGUAUUAUAAUAUUAUUGAUGCUGUACAAGUGACGCCAUAUUUAUACAGCAUUUAUAUAUUAAAGCAAAACUUACCGAACUUCAGACAUCAUUUUCUCUUUGGCGUAGUCUAAAAUCUCUUCAAAAGCACUAAACAUACUUUUUAAGUUUGAGUGAUUAAGAUAUCGAUUUAUUUCGAUAAAAAUAUCGAAACAAAUUAUGCCAUUAUUCAAAAAAAUUCUGAAAGGAUUUCCCGCUUUUUUUCUAGAGUGAGCCAAAGCGAAGCUGAAAACAAAAUGUCGCUUGGUAACCUCGCCACAAUAUUCGGACCGAACCUUUUACGACCACCACCGAAGGAGAAGACUUACGAAACGUCGAGCACUUCCGAAAGCAUCGCCAGGGAGAUGGCGUCAGGAACCCUUAACGCGAUGUCACAAUCGUCGAUUUUCUAUUGGUUCUUGAGGUCGAAAAGUGACAAAAUCAGUUUGCCUGCAACACCCGAAAUCACCCGUAGACUUUUUCCGUCCAAAAAGGAGGUAGUUAAGCCAAGGCUGUCGUCUCAAUCCGAAGAUAAAUUAAUUUAAAGGAUAGUUUUUGAGUAUAUACACAAGUAGGCUUCUUCAUGCAUUCGCAAGCCUGACAUAUGCAGUAUACGGGAUAUUUUAAAAAGUAGUUAGCAAUUUAUUAGAGGAAUAUAAGAAAUAUAGAUUUUAAGGUGUUCCCUAUAUAGAAGUAUAAGGGACCAGUCAAUAUUUAUGGCGGGGCUUGCCGGCUUGGCACCAAAGAGAAAUGUUUUUCUAUUAAAAAGUCAAAAUUGUUUUACCCAACCUCAAAUAGCAUUUAAAAAAUAAUAUACCCACCCCUGGGCAAAAAUGUUACAAAAGGAUACCAUUCAGUUGUCACACAUGUCCUUUACCACUUCUGUGACACAAGUUUGAUAACUGCUUGUGCAAUUUUCUGCAGUCUAAAGUUUCAUGUUGUCUGCACAUGUACUUUCUUUGGAAACGCCAUUUGCCUCCCGACAAAUCGAAAAAUGAUCAAGAUAGUGACUCUGAUUGAUUUAUGUACAUAUUGUAUUGACAUAUGACUGUUGACAUUGCAUUCUAGUCUUCAAUAUUUGAGUGAGUCAUGCUUUGGAAAUGACAAUACAUUUGUAUUACUCAACCCUUGAGUUGUUUUGUUUUUCAUUUACCCCACCCUUUUCUCUUUGGUGCCACCCCUCCCCCGCCAUGAAUAAUGACCGCUCCCUAAAUGCCGAGUGCGUGGAUAACUUUCAGUUCAGACUGAAAUUUGAGUUGUGGAUGUAUAAAAACGUGGGUAACAUGUGCCAGAAUCGCAUCGCAAGUCGCAGCAAACAUUUUGCCUCUUUAUAUUGUCGAUUUCAAGUCACUUUUCAAAACGCGGGUCCCAAGUUCGUUGCAAACUUGCCAAUUACGUUUCCAAGUUUGAAAAUUGGACGCGAACUUCGCAACGAAGUUCGCAAGUACAUCUCAAUGUUUGAACUUCGUUUGUAAACAAAUGUUCAUACUCAAUGAUAAUAACCAAUUCAAUGAAAUAGAAACCUUCUUGGUAGCCCGUACUGGACCAAGAACUUUCCAUUGAAUUGUUAAUUUCAACUUGAACUAUGGACAUUUGUUUACAAUAGUUCAAACAUUGAAAUGUUCUUGCGAACUUUGUUGCGAAGUUCGCGCCCAAUUUUCGAACUUGGAAACGUAAUUGGCAAGUUUACAACGAACUCGGGAUUCCGCGCAAUGGAAAACCGGUUUGAGAGUUUGGAAUCAGGAGACCUUGGUUUGCUAUUCUUGAUGCUUUCCAAACAUGAACUAUCAUCAGAUCAUGUAAUGUAUUUAAGUUAAAACAUAGUUGGAACACUCAUCAGACUUUAAUAAAUGUCCUGUUAAUACUUUUUAAUUAGAAUCAGUAGCCGAGCUGAAACAUCUAACCAACCUCGUGUUCCAUACCAAAGGGAUCUUGGACAAGUCAAAGUACUUUUAUAAGACCACCAUUAUGUGGAAAUAACUUUUUACUAUAUGAGAUGAGAUAGAAAAGUACGCAUUCUAUAUCAGUUAUUUCUGUGUGCAACUGUAUAUCAACGUGCCAUCCAUAUAGAGCUUCGAAUUCAUCAAUUUCUUCGCAAUCAGUGGCAUUUUUUAUUGACUUGGUUUUAUUUUUACAUAUUUUAUCAAAUUUUCGGACAAAUUAAAUGUCUUACUAUACAGUCAAAAUCAAUUGUCGAAGGGCGCUUUCCAUUCAAUAUGGUCUGGCUGGUCAGACCUGAAUUUUUGUCUCUGUAUCAAUGGAAAGAUCUGGUCUAUGUUUCUCAAAUAUCUAGCGAAAAUGGACCUCAUUCUAAUGUUAUCUAAAUUUUCCUGUCAGAUAUAGGUCCAAAGCCCAAACGUUUUGUGUUCCAUUCAACAAUUUGACCGUUCUGACAUGGAAAGCGCCCGAAAGUCACGUCCAGAUUUUCUACCUCUUAAAAAUCCAAGCCCCUUUUAAGAAAAAGCAGGUUCACUUUUCAAUUGAACUGGUGCCAUUUCAAUGGUGUGGAGUCGCCUAUUGAGAAACCAGACAUCCAAUUGAGAAACAGACACGGUUGAGCUCUCAACCGUAAUUUAGGAACUAUAUCCUGUGUCUUAAUAUCAUUUUUGAGCUUCAAUUCAAAGAUUUUGUAAGGUAUACGUUUGGAAUAUUCGACAUUUAUGUAUAAGAUAUUUGUCAGUUUCUUGUUUGCGAGCAGGCUAUAUACCGCCAUGUUGUUUUAAAAUAUCCCGACCCCUUUUGAGAAGAAAACAGCAGGUCAGAAGAUAUUCCGGUCCAUGCAACGAGGAUAUAACACGCGACAAUUUUCAACGACGAUUCGUAAUGUAUAACUCGCGUUGCCUAACCUAACAAAUUUCCUGUGAUAUUAUUUGAAUUACAAACGGUCAUUCAAGAUCGUCGUUGAAAAUCGGUACACUGCUGCACCGGCAUCGCAGGCCACAGCUUCGAUUACUGCUAGAGGGGCCAGUCGUUGCAUUUUUCGCAACUCUCCUCUGGUUAGGUUUUAAAUUUCUUCAUAAACUUCUGUUCGACUGUUAGUUGUAUCCAGCGAGUUGUCCAAAAAUCUCCAUAUCAAAGAAACAGGUCAUGUCAGGCAAAACCCUCUUUCAAAAUUAUGGCGUCUUAUGAGAUAUCAUGCAGGUAUCUUUUGAAAAAACUAGACCACCUAUUUCGGAAGAACAGGUCUUCAUUGUGAAAAAAGUUGACCCCCACUUUUUUGAAAGCAGGUUUCCUUUUCAAACCAAAAACGAAGACUCCGGUUAUUUUAACAGCAUGCUAACCUAGCGGCCGUGUUGUAUCAGAUAUAUGCCACAAACACGACCCGGAAAUAUAUAGUUUCGGAGAUCGGUCUUGAUGAAACGUUCGAUCAAAAAGUUUAUUUAAAUGGCUCCUUUACGGUAAUGCUUCCUAAUAGGAUCGCCUUUUCGAAAUGAACAGGUUUCUUUUUCAAAUUUAAAAGCUACAGACCCCUAAAGCGUAUGACUCAUCCCCAAUAUAUUCAAUAGCAGUUAUAUAAAGGGCGGUAGAAUUUGCCUUAAACCAUAACUUUCUUGCUUAGCCUUGGAGCUUUGAAAUAUUGGACUAUUGAGAUAUUUUGUGAUAACAUUGUCAGGUAUGUUGUUUUUAAUAUAAUAACUUUUAGACCGAACGAACAAGGAAUGAAGGAAGUUUUUCCUUGACAAGUUUAUUUGCCGCUCGUGUGACAAUAUUUCCUGGCGAAGCAGCCUUGUUCCAAAACUAGUCAUGUCGGCUUUUGGACAAGCAAAAUUUGUUCGUGUGUACGACCGCCAAGGAAACUAGUUGACAAGUGUACAAGAAUACGGUACUUCAAGACAAAAGUUUUGACUUUUGACUGAACAAAAGGCGGUCUUGACGUGAGCUAAAUGUCAACUUUCCGUAUACACAAGCUACAAAACUCGUCAAGGAAACCACCUCGGCCGAACGGGAGCUUUAUUCUUCUAGUGUAAAGGGGGACGAAUGAUCCAACAACUAGUGAUCAGAUAAAUAACUAUAAACCAUGCAUGAUAUGCUUACAAUUAUAGAAAGCUUAAAAAAUCACUAUCGCAGUCGUACUGUAUAUAGAACAAUAUAAGUAGAAAAUGUUUUCGAGUGUGUAUUUCAUAAUUUCCAUACCCAGCGUAAGCAGAAAGAUAAAGUCUGCCGCGGCUGGUUCUUGAACCCACGACCUUCGAAUUACUAGAUCGACGCUCUACCAACUGAGCUCAGUCUUAAUGUCGAUCUAGUAAUUCGAAGGUCGCGGGUUCAAGACCCAGCCGCGGCAGACUUGAUCUUUUUGCUUACGCUGGGUAUGGAAAUUAUGAAAUACACACUCGAGAACAUUUUCUACUUAUCAUAUUACGGAGUGAACAAUAACACAACAUAAUAGAACAAUAUAUAUAUGUGCUGAUAAAUUUUGAAUGUUUGAUUCCUUUUUACAGAAGAUGAUUGGAUAUCUUGUGUUCGCCUUUGUCGUUGUUGCUACAAAUGCAACCGAAUACGACGCGCGGUAGGUUUUAUUAAAAAUAGGUACGCAAGCGUACAUGUGUCUACACUGAAAGUUACUGUUGUUACUUUUCUACUGUGAUCUACGGGGCAUCACCGGUCACCUUCGUUGUAUAUUUUUAUUUUGUUUACAGACUCACAAGUUAUGGUUUAAAUGCUUGGGAACUACAACAGCAGAAAUUGAAGGAACAAGAUGGUAUGUAACCAUAGCACAGUCAAUCAGGACAGGUACACACGUAAAAACGAGGUACACACGUAAAAACGCACAAGUUGUUACAAGUCUGCAAACAAGUUGUUACAAAUCUGUUCACAAGCUGUCAACAAGUUGUGUUCGCACUGCUUGUUCCCAGUUGUUGUAACAAGUUUGGAACAAGCUGUUAACAAUUUGUAAUAACCUUGUUGAUAUUAUCAGACUUGUCACAAGGUUGUUCUAACAAGUCUGAUAUAAACAAGAAUGUUACAAGGUUGACGACACAAGGUUGUAUAACAAUACUGCUAUAUCAUGAAUGUAUCGGACUUGUUGGAACAACUAUGUAAAAAGCCUGAUAAUAUCGACAAGGUUGUUACAAAUUGUUAACAGUUUGUUUCAAACAAGCAGUGCGAACACAACUUGUUGACAACUUAGUCAACUUGUUGGCAGACUUGCUACAAGAUGUGAGAUUUUUGCAUGUGUAGCUCGCUCUUGUUGUAUUGGAACUUGUGAUAAAGUUCAAUUCAGUUCAGUUUAACUCAGUCCAGUUUAAUUUAGUUUAGUUAAGAUAAAGGAUGACCUUUAUACUGGACCUCCGCAGAGAAAUAAAAGCCUAUCCAGUAUAAACAAGGCUAGUUUGGUUUAUUUUUCCUCUUAUCAGGGACGAGCCUCACUCACAGAAGAACUAAUGGAGAUAUCCAACAUAAAUUAGUUUAGUUUAGAUUUCCUUCUGUAACGACACCACCAGAAUAGUAUCUGUGUAUAAAGUUAUCCAAUAUAAAUAAAGAUUGUUUGGUUAAAAUCAAUUCUAUAUAUCUCCACAGGGUUGAUAACAGGAGUGUUUAAAAAAGUUCCACCUGGUAAAUACAUUUACGACUGGAAUAAUGAAAUCUUCACGAUACCACGUAAUGCAACCAAGGUUACUGUAAUUAACCAUGACACCAACACUGUUCAAAUGCGUAAGUCAUGGUUAUUAAUGUAAUAUUACCGAAAAUACUAAACUAAACUAUAACGCCCACGUCGAGAAUUAACCACAAAUUCAACUGGACUUUUUAGCUCAAUUGCAGAGCGCUUCACCGGAAUUGCAUAGCCGCAGGUCGAUUUUGAAUAAUCAGAUGAUCAACCAGCUGAUUAUCAAUUUCCAUUAUAUAGUAAUACAAAAUGACUGAAAAACGGCAAACUUCGCAAGGCUGUAUAUUAUCCGCAUUUUACAACAUUUCGCAACGUAACUUCGGAAUAUUACUAAUUUUGUGAUGCUCUUUCAAGCUGUGAUGUAAUUUUUGUCCAGGCAUAUCUAGAUCAAAAUUUCACUCAUAAGGGGAAAGGUCUAUUGAAAUCUCACUAACUCGAACCAACUUGACUUCGUAGCUCAGUUGGUAGAGCAUUGGACUAGUAUCCCAAAGGUCGCGGGUUCGCCGAUUCCCACCGUGGUCAGACAAACAUUUCAGCUUGCCCGGUGUGGAUGCACACUCAAAGUAACAUUACAAAGAUCGUUUUCCUUUGAGUACAUAACGCCAACACACACAAAAAGUAUAAUUUACAGUAGUGUUUAAAAAUUUACAAGGAUAGAAAUUUAACUAUGAAUAUUAGAAUAGUAUAGCCAUGCAAUUCUUUAGUGAUUGUUUGAAAGAGUUCAGUGUGACACUCUCUUUAGCCGUGUUUACACUACGAGCCUAAGCCUGGCCUAGGCCUAGCUUUGGACUAGAUUUUUGUAGUGUAAACGCACUUCGGUCUGGCCUAGGCCAGGAAAUCUGGGUCCAUCAGAACAGGUGGCCCAGAUUUCCUGGCCUACGCCAGGCCGAAAUGCGUUUACACUACAAAAAUCUAGUUCAAAGGUAGGCCCAGGCCAGGCUUAGGCUCGUAGUGUAAACACGGCUUUUGACAUAGUUCGGUAGCGGCUGUAUUUAAUAAAAUGAUUGUUGUGCUGCGCUCGUUCACAUUUGGGUAUGUCAAGUGCUUGUAAACGUUUUCUGGAGUACUUUUCAGUGAUGUAACGAGUCACCUACCACGAGUCCAGUUGAGUCAUUUCAGUUUCUGAUCGAGUCAAGUCAGCGGCUUCACUCGAGUCAAGUCGAGUCGAGUCAGCGGCUUCAUUCGAGUCGAGUCAAUAGCUAAACUUGACUUGAGUCAGGGAGUUUGAUUAAGUCCACCCCCAUGCUUUCUACACGGCUAAAAACGCACAGAUUCUUCUAAGUUGAUAUCGACAGGCGUGAACAAUGUUGUGCGGCCAACUAUGAACAAGUUGUCAACCAUGUUGUUCCAAGUUGUUACAGUUGAACAAUGCUGUAACAACAUGUUGACAAUACUGUUCAUAGUGUGCCACACAACCUUGUUCACGCCUGUUGAUAUCAAUCUGGAACAAGUUGUUGAUUUUCUCAAUUUUUACGCGUGUAUAAUGGUUCGCUACCCUAGCUUGCCUUUGAUUUUAAAUUUCCACAGUGGUUGGUAUCAAAGGGUCACAUUAUGGCAACAUUCCGUCUCAUUGGAAAAGGGUGCCUGAAGACGUCGUGAACCAGCAAAUAGAACAUAAUUAUAAUGGCGUCAACGUUCAUUACUUCAGAUCUGGCACUCAAUCGCGCAUUACAAUUGACGGUAAAAUACUUCUAAAACACGUUUUUGACGGGAUGAGAUAGGAAUAUAUAUUGUGUUUUUUCUUGCUCGAACUUUCAGUGUAGUGAAUGGUUAUCUGUUGGUAAAAUUCUGAUCAUGAAUUUAUUCUUAGGUCCAGUGAAUCCAGUAAAAGACGACAAUACUCAGUAUAAUUUAUGCGUUGUUGCCGCAAAGGGGGAACAAGGUUCUUAUGGACUUGCCAAUAUUAAAUUUUCGUACACAGCUCACAAAGAAGACGCAUCAGUUAAUGUGGUGGCAACUAAAUAUGAUGCACAGUAAGUUAUGCAUGUCUGCACAAAUUAGUCUCAUCGAUUUUUCUUACUGCUGUUGGUUUUUGUUCUGGUGGUGCAUUAAUUCAGUGUUGUUCAUGUUACUGUUGUUACUGUUCUUGUUGUUGUUGUUGUUGUUGUUGUUGUUGUUGUUGUUGUUGUUGUUGUUGUUGUUGUUGUUGUUGUUGUUGUUGUUGUUGUUGUUGUUGUUGUUGUUGUUGUUGUUGUUGCUGUUGUUGUUGUUGUUGUUGUUGUUGUUGUUGUUGUUGUUGUUGUUGUCGUUGUCGUUGUCGUUGUUGUGGUCGUCAUAGUAGUUGUUGUUGCUGUUGUUGUUGUUGUUGCUGUUGCUGUUGCUGUUGUUGCUGCUGUUGCUGUUGCUGUUGUUGUUGCUGUUGCUGUUGUUGUUGCUGCUGUUGCUGUUGCUGUUGUUGUCGUUGUCGUUGUUGUCGUUGUUGUUGUUGUUGUUGCUGUUGUUGCUGUUGCUGCUGUUGUUGUUGCUGUUGCUGUUGUUGUUGUUGUUGUUGUUGCUGUUGCUGUUGUUGUUGUUGUUGUUGUUGUUGUUGUUGUUGUUGUUGUUGUUGUUGUUGUUGUUGUUGUUGUUGUUGUUGUUGUUGUUGUUGUUGUUGUUGUUGUUGUUGUUGUUGUUGUUGUUAUUGUUGUUGUUGUUGUUGUUAUUGUUGUUGUUGUUGUUGUUGUUGUUGUUGUUGUUGUUGUUGUUGUUGUUGUUGUUGUUGUUGUUGUUGUUGUUGUUGUUGUUGUUGUUGUUGUUGUUGUUGUUGUUGUUGUUGUUGUUGUUGUUGUUGUUGUU